AUGGACGCCUCAGCUCCCAAGGCGAUUCUGACGUCCGAUAACUUCGCCCAUGCCUCAGAAAUCUCACGGGCCACCUCUCCCGGUGGUGAGCCUGCUGCCAUGAACGGUGGAGGAGAGCCCAAGGCCCGAGUUCGGCCGCGGACUUAUCCUUACUUUCAAUAUCUUCCAUAUCAAUUAGAAGAUGAAUCAGAGCGAGAUCGCACUUUGCAUGAGAUCUUGAGUCAUCUGUACAUUGCAGUUGAAGCUGGGGACUUUAGCCCUGGAGCUGUUCACUGGACACGCGAGCUUCGAGGAUGGCUAUCGCUGAAGUUCGAUCCGACUCGAAAUGAGCGGAUUAAUCUGGUGAGGCUGUACUAUGAGCUUUCUUUAGCUCCUGGCAUCGAUCCCAGCACCUCUGAGCGGUUUGCGAGCAUGUUCAUGCUUCUCACUAAGCGCAAGCAUUAUUUGAGACCAGUCAAAGAUUUGGUGCUGGACUGGAGGCCUCUUUACAAGGAGCUGAAAGCCUUCGUUCUCCCGACCGAGUCCGGUCUUGUCCACUCGACCAACUUGAAACGAAACGUGAAAACAUUGACAAAGCUGUGCGCAUUUUCUCAGCUUUUCAUCGACCCCUGCGAGUUGCCCGCGAUGUUGGAGGAGUUCCUGCCGCACUACACAACUUCGUUUUCCGAAGGCGCCUUCGUUGUCGCUGGGCUAAUCAAUCUGCUACUCCCAACAUCGCCCCCUCCCGCAGAGCGAGACGAUCUCCUUCCACAGAGCCACCUUCCGACACAGUUCCACCUCUGGUCGCUCGUCGGUCGUUCCAAAACAUUUGACACCACGUACAUUGACUACCUUUCUCGACUCGCCCGAGAUUCACUUCCAGCCGGCCACAUUCCCUUCUCGGAACAUGGUCUCUUCACGAAGGAGCAGUCCUCUCUCAUCUUCACGGCAAUCCUGAGAUUGCUGGAGAUUCCGGUGGGACAGUCCACUUCGCCAUAUAGCGCGCUGGUGGACAUUUCGUCUGGCCUUGGUAUCAUGCUUGACCGCGACACGCGCAAGCAUCCAGUUGCGCACCACAUUGCGCGGUGGAUUGUGAUGUCUCUCUCUCCGGCUUGUCUGGAAUCCGAAGACUCGAUUCUUUCCCAGCUCGAGGGCCUUAUCCAGGCUGUCGAGACAUUCUUCCAUCCUUCAAACUCGGGUAGUUGGACAAAGACCCUCUCGCAGCUAGUAUACUAUCUAACAGAUUUCUUUGUGAUGCGCUGGAAUCGUGAGCAAAGUGGUGAAAUGGAGGUUCCGCCCGAACGCCGACUGAAUGAGCCUCUGAAGCGCCGCUUCGUGCUGUGCCUGAGGGAUGUAAUUUUCAUGGGUAUCUACGCUAAGAGCAGCACUGCCAUGACGUUCUCCUUGUCUACCCUUCAAGGUCUCGCUUACUUGGAGCCGCAUCUCAUUCUUCCCGGUGCCUUGCAGAGAAUCUACCCAUCUCUCCAGGGCCUGGUUGAGGUACAUCGGACAACGUCUUCCCUUCGCGCCAUGCAAGUACUGUCCCGCGUCAUUACUCGAACCAAAGGUUAUCGCUGCCACAUGACCACUCUUCUCGGUCUUGCUCUUCCUGGUAUCGAUGCAAAUGACCUGGAAAAGUCUCUCCAUGCUCUUUCAUUUAUACAAUCCGCCUGUUAUAAUAUUCCCAUGGUCGACUUGACUCAGGGCAGAGAAGAUAUCAAUUGCAACAUGCUUGCACUUCAAUGGAUCACCGGUGAAAUGGAAAGAAUGGAGGAACAAGGAGCUGCUGUACAGUUGAACUACGAUACUGAGCUGGAUGAUGAGACAGAAGAAAUGAUUCUCCGCUCUUCGACAUGUGGUUUCGGGGACUUCACCAUCUCGUUCUUGGGCCGUGUCUUCACACUAUUGGAGAACUUGCCUGACGUCACCCGUGUACGCAACGGUUCUCCGGAAGAAAACAUCGUCAACACGCUCCCAGCUACCUUCAUGCCUCUCCUUGCUUCGCUGUCCCCUGAAUACUACGACAUUGCAUUGUCGAAGAUCGUUGAUUUCGUCUCCAAUCAUGUCAUUCACCAGGCACGCGACGCCAUGGCUUUUAUUUGCAAUGCCUUGUGCAAGGUCAAUCCCGAAAAGGCUCUUAAGCGGUUCAUCCCGGUUCUCACUCAAGCUAUUCGCACCGAGAUCGAGGAGAACGGUGCUGGUUCCACCAGAACUACGGGAACAGAUGUCUUGCCCCGUGACCGUGGACUGGUCUGGAACGUUAGCAUGCUGAGUAUGUGCGUGGUGCAUGUUGGCGAUGCAGUGCUUGCUCAUCGUCAAGAGCUGUUCGACAUCGCAGUGUACAUGCAACAGAAGUGUCGCGGCAUUCCUACCGUCCACAUCUCCAACUUCAUUCAUCACCUCCUGCUCAACCUAACCGGGACAUACACCAAUGAUUAUUCUCUCUACGAGAAGGAAGAUAUUGAAGGAGGCAUUCAGCCGAAGCACUGGAGUUACAGAGCCGAUGUGUGCAAUCUCCACAUUAAGUGGCAUGUGCCCAAACGGGAAGAGCUGGAGUUUGCUGUGGCCAUCUUCAAGAAUCAAGCGGAGGGGGCUUUGAAGCAUCUGUCCGGAUUAACUCAUGAGACAUCCAGCGUCAAACGAGAUGGAAGUGGAAAAGACUGGUCUGAUGAAGUCACGCGAAACCUUGUGCUCCUGCGACUGCUUCUUUCCGGUAUAUCGGUGCUCUUUGAUCCGAAGGCCGCCUCACGAAACUCUCCCGAAGUCUCGAGCGGCGCAUCUGCCGCAUCAAACGAGGUUGGGAUGGUCGAUGACUCGGCCCUCUCGAACGGUGUAAGCGAUGACGAGUCGGCCCUUGACAGCUCGGAUGAGGCGGCGAUCAGAGAAAGCUACCCGUAUCCUACUGGAUAUCCUCUUGAGGAGGGUGAUCCCUUGUUUACCGAGAUCCACGCCAUUCGUGAGCGAGCGGGCUGGGUCUUGCACGAGACCCACCGAUUCCUGAGUGACCAUCAAGAAGACGAUGUGCCCUGCUUCGGAGCACUGUACUCGGCUUUCCGCUCUUACUUUGUCGAUGUUGGCAUUGAACGGUCUGCCCAUGUCCUGGAUCGUGUGACGCGUCUCCUGGCGGCAGACAUCCACCCUUACAAGAUGAGCGGCAUCCGAAAAGACUACCCACGAGCGUUGCUUGUGCGUAGGGCCAAUGUCUAUCACCUGCAACGCUUGCGACACAAUGCAGCACCGCGACCUCGAUCUAAGCUUGACGAGAUUCUUCUCUAUGACCUUGCCGAGUCCUGCGUCUCGCUGUACACCGAGACACGGCGCAAUGCUCAGAAUGCUGGAGAGUCUGCACUAAAGUCUGUCUGGGGUGCCCGAACUCUUGUCAUUGCUCCUCUCCUCAAGGCCCUGCAAAAAGGCGUGAAGGAAAACGACCAUGCGCGUAUUAAGGGCGCACUGUUCUCGUUGCUUCUCAGUAGUGUCGCGAGAACUGUCGGACGGAACUGGAAGUACACACCAACUUUGAUCCGCACUUUCAUCGAUGCUAGUGCUGUUGACAGACCGUCUGUGCAAAAGAUCUGCUCUAGUGCUGUCUUCCAGAUCAUGGACUACGGUCGUGCCAUGGAACGGAUGGCUAUUUUGGAUCGUGAAAUCGUGGAAGCAAUUGCACCCGGUCAAGAUGUCAGUGACCAGAUCGAGCAGAAGCGAAAGGCCAUCAACACCAAGCGCGCUACAAUUGAAAAGAAAAAGACCGACCUGGCUGAAGAGCUGGUGAAUCUUGCUCGAGUCUCGCAUUGGAAAAUCGCCAGCCGUGCCGCGACCAUUGUCAUCACCAUGGGUCUUCGCUUCGACUACAUUGCCAGUGAGAACCUGAUUGAGCUGGUGACCUCAGGCUCGAUCGAUGAUCAUCCAGGCUUGCGCGGCAUGUACUCCCAGGCACUCAUUGCGCUUUUCACCAUGAUUGAUGUCCGUGCCAUCUGCAGUCACGAAUACAAAAAUUACAUCCUGGGCCAUCAGCGCUUCCCUUCGAAGAUCAAGGUGGCUACCCGGCCUUAUGAGAAAGAUUGGACACAAGAAUAUCUGGCCAGCUUCGCCAAACCUGAAGCUGAAUACUAUGUUGAUCAUGAUUUCCCUGGCUGGCUGGUAUGGGGCAAGACGAUGCCUGCCUAUAAGUCAAACGUGGAUCGUGACAUUGUGUAUGACGAAUUGGAGUGGAAUGUCCGUACUCAGAUGGGCAAAAUGUUUACUCGGGAGUGGUUCUCCAAAUUCUUCAUGUACCUGAAGCAGGAGCCAAGGGAUCCUUCCGCCGACAAGUUCCGCAUGUCCUGCGCCAUGAUGCUUCUGUAUGCCUUUGAGCUCAUGCUUCGGGAUGGCUUGACCGCCGCCACGUUCAAGGACAUUCAGGAAGAGAUCCAGAGCGUGUACGAGGAUGGCAGUGAUAAGCAUCAGCAUCGUGCAACGGCAGAGAUUCUUGGAGCAUUGAUCAGUUCCGUGACUGAUACCAGUGUCGAGCGGCGAGCUAUGGUAUGGGAGUAUGCAUUCCCCAUUGUCCGGAAGAUCUUCACCGAUGGUCUUACCCCUGAGAACUCGGGCUACUGGACAACUUUCCUACACAUGAUCUUGCAGUGUCGCGAUCCCCGCCGAGCCUGGCCUUUGGUGGACUGGCUCGCCAGCUUCCGUCUAGACAUGUCGACCAACGCGGCCUUCAAGGAAAGUUCCAAAAUCAAUCUCCUGCACCAGUGCAUCAUUGAUGCCGGUUGGCACUUCCAGCUUGAGAAGCCAAUUGUGAAUGACUUCCUCGCACAUUUGGACCACCCGUACAAGGGAGUGCGAGAAGCAAUGGGUCAAACUCUUGCGACAAUCUACCGCACAAGAUACCACGAGUCAUACCCUGAUCUCCAACACCUUCUGGAUGCCCAAAAGGCCUCUUCAUCUGUUGGUACUUAUCCCUACAUGCCUUCCACGGAAUUCUCACAGAUCGUUCGCGGAGUUUUCAACCAGAUCGAAGAGUGGCGGCAAGCCCGAGUUCCAGGCCAACAGACUCCUUCGUCCUACACCUCCGGUAGCAAAACUGUUCUUCUCUGGCUGGAUUCGACUUUGUCCUCUCAUGAAUGCACCCAGCUCGUUCCCUUCUUCCCCGAUGUGUUCACCGCACAGCUUCUGCAUAUGAUGGACGUCAAGGAAGAUCCAGAGCUGCAGUCGCUCGCAUACCACGUUUUCCGCCAUCUCCCCAACAUCCCCUACCCCGCCGAGAAGAACUCCGAGUUCAUUCAGUCCCUCAUUCGCAUAGGGCAGACAUCGCCGUCAUGGCAUCAGCGCCUCCGUGUGAUGAUCAACAUCCAAAUUAUCUACUUCCGCAGACUCUUUCUGCUGGAGCCCGCAGAUCGCGACAAGCUCUUCGAGUGCAUUGCCUCUAUGCUCGAAGAUUCACAGCAUGAAGUCCGUGUCGGAGCGUCAGCCACGCUCUCCGGGAUGGUCCGCUGUUCGCCCAUUUUCCUUCGUGAAAAGAUGGUCAAGCGCUUCCAGGAGCGCUUCACCAAGGUCCUGGCAGAUAACCCUCUCCCAAAGAAGCCUAAGAAUUUCCGAUCGGGGCUUUCCUCCGCAGUUUCUUCAGGCGCCGGUACUCCAACUCCCGAGCACAACCGACUGAUCAUUGCCCGUCACGGUGCAGUGCUAGGUCUUGGAGCACUUAUUCAGGCUUUCCCGUACAACAGCCCUCCACCCCACUGGAUGCCCGAGGCCUUGACUACACUGAGCACCCGCGCCGCCAAUGACCCCGGCGUUGUCGGAUCCAGCGUGAAGUCAAUCAUUAGCGAGUUCAAGAAGACGAGACAGGAUACCUGGCACAUUGAUGCAAAGGCUUUCACACAGGACCAGCUGGAGGAUCUGUCGGGUGUUCUUUGGAAGAGCUACUUUGCUUAA